CAGUUUGUGGCGCCAGAAUUCAGAGCGCGGCAGCGCCUGCGAGGCGAACCUCCGGGGCUCCGGGCGGCCCUCGCCUCACAACGGGUUCCGGCUCCUGCAGCGCGACACGAUGGUGGUUCUCCGCAGCAGCCUGGAGCUGCACAGUCGCUCCACCGACUCUUUGGACCUGUCCAGCGAGUUCCUCAGCCUGCAGGACAGCGGCCGGAGGCGGUCCGGCGCGACCCGAGGCGCGGAGAAAUCUCUGGUCCCCACAGCGGCGGCGGCGGCGGCGGCGGCGGCGGGCGAUGGAUCCUCAGUUAAAGGAGUUGAAAUCUACCACCAUACGCAUUCUUUAAGAUCUUUGAGGAAAAAAGCACAGAUUUCUUCCGAUUCUAGUUUUGAUAAGAAUAUGGAAAGAACAGAGAAACAUACUAAUGGCAGACAUUUCACAAGGCAAUUGGCUCGACAGCAGGCUGAUAAAAAAGAAGAGUGCAAAGAAGACAAAGCUAUUCCAAUUACUCACUCAUUGAGGAAUAGAAACAUUGCUCAAAGUACAGAACAUUUGCAUGAACAGAAUGGAGAUGUUGAAGUUCGAAGAAGUUGUAGGAUUAGAAGUCGUUACAGUACUGUGAACCAGUCUGUGCUGUUUGACAAGCUUAUAACAAACACUGCUGAAGCUGUACUUCAAAAGAUGGACGACAUGAAAAAGAUGCGUAGACAGCGAAUGAAAAAACUUGAAGGCUUGGGAGUGUUUAAUGAACCAGAAGAGAGCAAUCUUAGUAUGUACACAAGAGGAAAACGAAAGGCUAUUCAACAAGCUGAUGAAGAAACAACUGAUAACCAAGAUGGCAGUGUGGAGUCAUCUGAAGAGGGUGAAGAGCAAGAGGAUGAUGAGGAUGAGGAUGGUGAAGAUGAAGAAGAUGAUGAAGAUGAAGAUGAUGAAGAUGGAGAAGAAGAUAAUCAAAAACGAUACUAUCUUAGGCAGAGAAAAGCAACUGUGCACUACCAAGCACCUUUGGAAAAACCUCGACACCAAAGAAAGCCCAACAUAUUUUAUAGUGGCCCAGCUUCUCCUGCAAGACCAAGAUACCGAUUAUCUUCUACAGGACCAAGAAGUCCAUAUUGUAAACGAAUGAACAGGCGAAGGCAUGCAAUCCACAGUAGUGACUCUACUUCCUCUUCCUCUUCUGAAGAUGAGCACUUCGAGAGGAGAAGAAAAAGGAACCGAAAUAGAGCUAUUAACAGGUGCCUUCCACUAAAUUUUCGGAAAGAUGAAAUAAGAGGGAUUUAUAAAGACCGAAUGAAAAUUGGAGCAAACCUUGCUGAUGUUGAUCCAAUGCAGCUAGAUUCUUCAGUACGAUUUGAUAGUGUUGGUGGCCUCUCCAGUCAUAUUGCAGCACUAAAAGAGAUGGUAGUCUUUCCCUUACUUUAUCCAGAAGUCUUUGAAAAGUUUAAAAUUCAACCCCCAAGAGGUUGUUUGUUUUAUGGUCCACCUGGAACUGGAAAAACCUUGGUUGCUAGAGCACUUGCCAAUGAGUGCAGUCAAGGGGAUAAAAGAGUGGCCUUUUUCAUGAGGAAAGGUGCUGAUUGUCUGAGUAAAUGGGUUGGAGAAUCUGAAAGGCAGCUACGAUUGCUAUUUGAUCAGGCUUAUCAAAUGCGCCCAGCAAUUAUUUUCUUUGAUGAAAUCGAUGGUCUGGCUCCAGUACGAUCUAGCAGGCAAGAUCAGAUUCACAGUUCUAUUGUUUCAACACUGUUAGCUCUUAUGGAUGGUUUGGACAGCAGAGGAGAAAUUGUGGUCAUUGGUGCUACGAACAGACUAGAUUCCAUAGACCCUGCUUUACGAAGGCCUGGUCGAUUUGACAGAGAAUUCCUUUUCAGUCUACCUGAUAAAGAUGCUCGAAAAGAGAUUCUGAAGAUUCAUACAAGAGAUUGGAAUCCAAAACCACUGGACAUAUUCUUAGAAGAACUAGCAGAAAACUGUGUUGGAUACUGUGGUGCAGAUAUUAAGUCAAUAUGUGCCGAAGCUGCUUUAUGUGCCCUGCGUCGACGGUACCCACAGAUCUAUACCACCAGUGAGAAGCUACAGUUGGACCUCUCUUCAAUUAAUAUCUCAGCUAAGGAUUUUGAGACUGCUAUGCAGAAGAUAAUACCAGCUUCCCAGAGAGCUGUGACAUCACCUGGACAGGCACUGUCUGCCAUUGUGAAACCACUGCUGCAAAAUACUGUUCAUAUGAUCUUAGAAGCCUUACAGAAAGUAUUUCCACAUGUAGAAGUUGGAACCAGCAAACCUUUAAAUUCAGAUGUUUCUUGCCCUUUGCUAGAAAGUGAUUUGGCAUACAGUGAUGAUGAUAUACCAUCGGUGUAUGAAAAUGGACUUUCUCAAAAACCCUUUAAUCAGGCAAAAGAAAAUUUAAAUUUUCUUCAUUUAAAUAGAAAUGCCUGUUACCAACCUAUGUCUUUUCGACCAAGAUUAUUAAUAGUGGGAGAACCAGGAUUUGGACAGAGUUCUCACUUGGCACCAGCUGUCAUCCAUGCUUUGGAAAAAUUUACUGUAUAUACAUUAGACAUUCCUGUUCUUUUUGGCAUCAGUACUACAUCUCCUGAAGAGACAUGUUCCCAGACGAUUCGUGAAGCUAAGAGAACAGCACCCAGCAUAGUCUAUGUCCCACAUAUCCACUUGUGGUGGGAAAUAGUUGGACCAACACUCAAAGCCACAUUUAUGACAUUAUUACAGAAUAUACCUUCAUUUGCUCCAGUUUUACUACUUGCCACUUCUGACAAACCAUAUUCUGCUUUGCCUGAAGAGGUACAAGAGUUGUUUACCCAUGAUUAUGGAGAAAUUUUUAAUGUCCAGUUGCCAGAUAAAGAAGAACGGACCAAAUUUUUUGAAGACUUAAUUUUAAAACAAGCUGCAAAGCCUCCUGUGUCAAAAAAGAAAGCAGUUCUGCAGGCCUUGGAGGUGCUCCCAGUGGCACCACCACCCGAACCAAGACCGCUGACAGCAGAAGAAGUUAAACAGCUGGAGGAACAAGAAGAAGACACGUUUAGAGAACUCAGGAUUUUCUUAAGAAAUGUCACACAUAGGCUUGCUAUUGAUAAGCGAUUCCGAGUCUUUACCAAGCCUGUUGACCCUGAUGAGGUGCCUGAUUAUGUCACUGUAAUAAAGCAACCAAUGGACCUUUCAUCUGUAAUCAGUAAAAUUGAUUUACAUAAGUAUCUGACUGUGAAAGACUAUUUGAGGGAUAUUGAUCUAAUCUGUAGUAAUGCUUUAGAAUACAAUCCAGAUAGAGAUCCUGGAGAUCGUCUUAUUAGGCAUAGAGCCUGUGCUUUAAGAGACACUGCCUAUGCAAUAAUUAAAGAAGAGCUUGAUGAAGACUUUGAGCAGCUUUGUGAAGAAAUUCAGGAAUCUAGGAAGAAAAGAGGUUGUAGCUCCUCCAAAUAUGCACCAUCUUAUUACCACGUCAUGCCAAAGCAAAACUCUACUCCUGCUGGUGAGAAAAGGUCGGAUCAAGAGCAGAAUGAAAAGCUAAAGGCACCUUGUACUCCUGUGGCUUGCAGCACUCCUGCUCAGUUGAAGAGGAAAGUUCGUAAUAAGUCAAAGUGGCAUGUAGGUAACAGAAUAAAGCGAAGGAAACUUUCACAAGCAAAAGACAAUAGCCAAACUGCUAUGAAUAAUCAAAUCAGUGAUACAGAGGAAAGUCAACAUACAAGUGCAGAACCCACUGAGCUUGGAAAUAUAGGAGAGUCUUCCAUGGAAGAAAAGGAGAAGCAACAUGCCUCUGAAAGCAACGUGGACUUGAAACAUAACUCAAGUACCUCUAAUACUGAGAAUGAACAUGAAGAAUCUAAUCACACUACAGAGUGUACAGAAUUGAGAAAAGAAAGAGUUGGUUGCAAUGGAGAUGAUUCUAGCUUUCAGGUUGUAGACAUUGCUGAUGAAAAUGAAUCAAAAGAAAUGUGUAUUCUGCGAAUGACUCGAGCUAGACGUUCCCAGGUGGAACAGCAGCAGCUCAUCAGCGUGGAGAAGGCUCUGGCGAUUCUCUCUCAGCCUACACCCUCACUUGUUGUGGACCAUAAACGGUUAAAAAAUCUUUUGAGGACUGUUGUUAAAAAAAGUCAGGAGUAUAAUAUAGUCCAACUGGAAAACUUGUAUGCAGUAAUCAGCCAGUGUAUCUAUGAGCAUCGCAGGGACUAUGACAAAACGGCACUUGUCCAGAAAAUGGAGCAAGCAGUAGAAAACUUCAGUUGUUCCAAAUCAUGAUGCCAUUGCUUCAAGUAUUUUUAUAUUCAAUUCCUAUUUAAUUAUCUUCAGAUCUGUCUACAUAACUAAUGCAAGAUGAAAUCUUGCAUCCUCAAGAAAAGAUUAAAAUAGUAAAAGUAUUUUAAAUUUCCUGAUAUUUAUGUACAUGUACCACUUUUACCCCUAAGAUAAAUUUUUAAGGUGGGUAUGGUGAUGCACAUCUGGAAUCACAAUCUGGUGACAUAGUAAGACCCUUUCUCAAAAAUAAAGAGAGCCAACUUGUCUUUACUUGGUCCCUAUAGAUAACUGAUAAGUCUUGGAUGUUUGUUUGAGCAAAACACUGUAACAAUAGUAAUAUUGUUUCAAGUUUGGCCAGAUCUUAAGCUAUUUUGGUAAUUAAUGUUUUGUGGCAUUUAGUAAUAAUUUAGCAGCAUUGGACUUGUUGUUGUUAGCUGAAGCACUUUUAACUGGACCGUUCCUAGUAGAUUGCUGUGUCAGACCAGAAUUAUAUCUGUUGUAGUUUUGCCAUCUCUGUCUUUGUUUCCCUUUAAUGCCUUUCUCUCAUCUGCCAAAAUUCAAAUUGUGAUCUGCAAGGGGGCCUCAAAUACAGUUCUGUACUGAAUAUAAAAAUUAAUAUUUUCAGAUUUUUAUAAUUCUAAUUUGGGUUAAUAAAGAUUUAAAACUUACUGUUUACUUUGUAAUUACAUGCAAAACAAAUGGAUUAGUGACUAGUUUUUGUAUUUGACAACUCUUGAUCUUUCUACCAUUGUAUUUAGGUUAUAUUCUAUAAAUACUUUUAUAUGCAUAUAUGACUAUAAUGUAAAUUUUGUAUUACUGAUACCAAAAAUACAUUUCUUUCUUAAAGUUGAAACCAUUUGCUUCUGUUCACUCACAUUUGGUAGGACAUGAAAACCUUUGCUUGCAGAACAGCAUCUGUUGGAAAGCUUGUUUGAGAGGAAUAGAAAAUGGUAACUAAAGAGAGAGAGGCUAUGGUUGUUGGUGAGGUAAUGGUAAGGAUGGAACCCCGGGCCCAGUGUACACUAAGCACAUGCCUAGCUCAAGAGUUUUUAGAUUUUAGUAUAGUUGUAUUAAUAUGUAUAUUUAAAAGAUUUUAAGAUUCAGUAAUUUGGAUACUUUAAUUAGUAGAUGCUGCCUUAUAUACCUAUUAAAAAUGCCAAACACCAAUAACAUUUGAACAUGUCCAUAUUGCUAAAGAUAAUAUUGUCUAAGUUGAGCGUGAUUGUGUACAUCUGUGAUCUCAGCCCUGGAGGCAGAGACAGGAAGAUCAGGAGUUCAGGGUCAUCCAUUAGCUACAUAGUAAGUUUGAGGCCAGGCUGGCUACUUGAGACUAUCUGAAAACAAGUAAAUAAAUAAAUAAACAAAAAGGGUUAUGCUUAACAGUUUUUAUUGAAGUUUAUUAUAAUUUAUUUCAGAUGUAUCCUUUCAUUGUGCAUCUUGUAUAAUAAAUUUUAAAGUUGAAAACUUAA